ACCUUCAGUAUGCUAACCUAUUUAGCUAAGCUGACCAAAUUCAAGGUAAAUUUGAGGCAGUUUUCAAUAGUUAAAAAGUUAAAAACAAAUUGACUAUUUUUUUUUACGAUUAUAUACAAUAUGUCAAAACAUAAUUAACAAAAAAAACAAAAAACUCAAAUGAACACAAGUUGUUCAGUCAAUUUUCAUCCAGUGGAGCUACGUGUUAACAUGCUAAAAUGUUAACAAACACAAAAUACUGUAAAAAGUUGCUCUUAUUAAGCUUGGUGAAAAUACAACAUUUACUUAGCUAACGUUUAGUUAAGUACAUUUUUAGUUUCAUUCAUUUAACCUUUACCAGCUGCUCUGAACAGUGUUCACACAUUGGUCUCUCAAAUUUCCACAGCUGCACUAGUUCAGGUUCCAAUAAUGUCAUAUGAAGACUUCAGCCACAUUACUUAACGGUCUUAUGUUACAUAAAACACACCAUAACAGGGUUAAAUUCCUCCUUUUUCAGUCAGUACUGCAGGGUCAAGAAAACCUAUGGAACCUAGGAGAAUGUUAAUCCAGACUCAAACUGUUACAGAAGGCAUGCUGUCAUCCAGCAGGGAUUACAGAUCCAGUACAAUCACUCCAUAUGCAGAUACCACAACAACAAAGACGCCUUGUUGGGUCCACAACAAAACCCCUGUUUCACAGAGACUUCAGCACAGACAGUGAAUGGUAGUGGAACUCGGAGCCAGACUAACUCUCUUUUUACUCCCUCUUCCUGGCUGUAAAGGAUGAAAACAGGUGCCGCAAUGAGACCAGAUGAGAAACGAUAACCGAGCCAUGUGUGCGGAUCUUUCAUUUUGAGUUAUAAAUCAAAGGUAUUUAACAGAACCAGUGUCAUAGUGUCAGAAAUGGCAACCAGCCCAGUGGCUCCCAGGGCUUCCAGACUAACAGAGGAAGAAGAAAAUGCACUGGUGUCUCAAGUAGUGGAGAUCAUCAGCGGCAUCUCCCUGGAGUCUCUGAAGACCCAGGACAAGCCUGAAGACAGAGACGCAUGGUCGAUGGAGGAGGGAGACGACUCUGUCUUCUACAGUGAUGAGGACCAAGGUCAGCAGGACAGAGAAGCAGACACACUGUGUGAGUUCAAUCUAGAUGAGGAAGAACAGCUUCUGGAAUGUGAAGCAUUGGGACUUAUCCUUCAGACGGAGUCCGAACAAGAGGCAGAAGUGUUGACCUCCGAAGAGGAUUUGAUAGUCGAGAAGAAACAAAAAGAUGACUGCAAGGACGGUCAGAGACAAAAAAACCAUUCUUCUGAUUCUACACAACCCAGAGCAGAGAGUAACAGCACAGCAGAACAGUUUGACAGAAACCAAACAGAAUCUCUAGAAACAACGUGCAUAAAUGCAGCUGUGACAACACAACCGGAACAGAAAGGAUCAUGGAAAAGAGCAAAUUUAGAAGUAAACGAAGAACUAGUGCUAGAGGCUCAAACACCAGUUCUUCUGAGUAAUGAGGAGCGUCACAGAGAGCUGAACAAGGAGGAAGAAGAAGUCCCAACAGGGACGUCAAGUGAACAACUUCAGACAUCAGGGCAAAUUAAGGUACAGCAGGAACCAAAGCAGAGCUCCGACCUUUAUGUUCCUGUGGGGUUUCAUCAAGGUCCCAAACCAGGCUACUCCACUCUACCUCUGCAGAAGAAACCCAGCGACAGCUCCAGAGCCUUUGACCACCUCUCCUCCGCCUCCAAGUACAGCACCGUGUCCUACCGCAAGAUCCGUAGAGGAAACACACGGCAGAAGAUAAAGCAGUUUGAGUUCAUGGUCAUGAAUUUGUAAGACGGUAUCAAAAAUAAACAGAACACCCUAAUGUGACAUAACUGGGUUUGAAACAAAGUGUGAACUGUUAAUAUUUAUUGUUUGGUCUGUAAUUGUAGAGAAAUGCCAGCUAAUAGGUGCUAAUAAGGUUUCAGCAUGAAAAUGUAAAGCUCUUAUGUAAAACCACCAUUGGAGCAAUGGAUUAAGUGAAUAACAGGCUCUGAGAAUAUAAUCCUACUUUCUAUAAUAACCAAGAUGUUGUUUGGUAUUAGAUGGGGGGGGGAGUAUGCUGCAGUA